CUUGCGCAAAGAUUCUUCUGCCUGAUCGUUUGAAUGCGAGCGCACGACAUUUGUAUUUAACGUGUUCAUCAGUGUUCAUGCGAUAUCAUUUUGCACUUCAUCACCAACGUAGGUAGGGAAUCAUCGAAGUGCGAAGGAAAGUCCUCAGACGUCGCUUUUGCCACGUGCGUGCGUGCACGUGUGUAUUCGUACAUCGGCAGGUGUUAAUCAAAUUUUUAAUCGUGUAGUACGUAUAAAGGAUUUUGCUUAUACAUAGUAAAAUGUCGGCAGAUGCUGCGAUAUCAUUUUCCUAAUAAAUUGUCCAUAUCAAUCAACUAAAAACGUUCAAUUAACUCGCAUUGGCAAUGGCUCGGAGAAUAAGACGCUUCAUUCACAGUACAAGAAAAAUGGUCUUAAGGCUUUUUAGAUGCUUUCUGCAAAUUAUCCGUAAAUGGCUCUGUAGAGGAUUGGAUGCUACAAUAAUUAAAAACAUGCAUUCUUUGCCAUCACGUCCCACCCAUGAGCAAAUAAGAGUUCUAACUGUGAACAAUGGAGAACAUUUAGAUGGGAUAUUAUACAGAUUAAAGAAAGAUUGGAUAGUUGAGUUUCGACUUGGAGCUUCCCUUCUUGGAAAAACACUUGAGGUUUUUAUAAACCAUCCAUUAUCGACCGAUAAGAAAUUCGAGAGGCAUACUUACUAUCAAUUGAAAUGGAUUGACGAAUCGGCGAGCAUACAUUUAACUUUGUCAGGGUCAUUCCAUUAUUAUGUCACUAACCAAGUCGAAGGGAAUAUAAAACCUGUUGCAUCCGGAUACUUGCUGGUGGAUCCUGAAUUGAAAAUAGGUGAACAUGGGGAGAAAUUACCUCUAGAUUGUAUUCAAGUCCAAACAGUUCUAGCAAAGAGUUUAGGACCUUUUUCUACAUGGGAAAGUAAAUUACUGGUAGCACGAAAUUCUGGAUAUAACACAAUUCAUUUUACACCGAUUCAGGAAUUAGGACGUUCUAAAUCGUCGUACAGCCUGAAGGAUCAAGCUCAACUUAAUCCCGCUUUUAAUGAUAACAAUAAGAUAGUUACUUACCAUGAUAUCGAAACAUUUGCAAAUAAAAUGCGUAAUGAAUGGAAGAUGUUAAGCAUCUGUGAUAUUGUUUUAAAUCAUACGGCGAAUGAGAGUCCUUUCCUGGUUUCUCACCCGGAGUGCACAUACAACUGCAUCAAUAGUCCUCAUUUACGUCCGGCUUAUAUCUUGGAUGCAGCAUUGUUUGAAUUAACAACUCAGGUAGCUUUUGGAGAAUGGGAAUUUAAAGGUAUUCCCACCGUAGUUGACACCGAGGAUCAUUUGAAUGCGAUUCGACAUGCUCUCCACACACAUUUCUUGCCACUAAUGAAGAUACAUGAGAUGUACACCAUCGAUGUCAAUGAAAUUGUAGCAGAAUUCUUAAAUUCAGCGCGCAAUGAGAUGCCACAAGACAUAAAUAAUAUAACAACCGAAGACAUUACAGUGAUUCAAGAUCCUGCAUUUCGUAGAUUAAAAUCAACCAUAGAUAUACAGCUUGCUCUGAAGAAGUAUAAUACGUAUAGAGCUGAUUGUUUCGAUGAGGAAACUCGUCUGAAACGAUGUGCAGAGGACUUGAAAAAUAAAUUGCAAGAACUCAAUGAAGUUAUUACCAACAAUAUUCAAAACCAUCUAAAUGCUGCUGUUGAAAAUAGUAUUGCUGGCAUGAGAUAUUUUAGAGUGCAAUCUGAUGGUCCACAAAUUAAAGAAAUUAAUGAGAAAAAUCCUCUCAUUCCCAGAUACUUUACCGAUUACGGGACACCUAAAUCUUUAAUGGAAAGAGAAAGCAUAAUGUAUUCAGAUGAUGGAUGUUAUCUUAUGGCUCACAAUGGAUGGGUCAUGAAUAGUGAUCCCUUGAAGAAUUUCGCGGAGCCUGAUUCUAAUGUGUACAUUCGAAGAGAACUUAUCGCUUGGGGAGAUAGCGUAAAACUCAGAUAUGGACAGAAACCAGAAGAUUGUCCUUUCUUAUGGCAGCAUAUGGUGUCCUAUGUAGAACAAACGGCACAAAUAUUCGAUGGUAUUCGACUAGAUAAUUGCCAUUCUACACCGAUCCCCGUCGCUGAGUAUAUGCUUGAUGCUGCACGACGAAUUCGUUCAGAUCUCUAUGUUGUCGCAGAAUUGUUUACCAACUCUGAUCAAAAAGACAACAUCUUUGUGAAUCGUCUUGGCAUCACAUCUUUAAUAAGAGAAGCUAUGUCUGCUUGGGAUAGCCAUGAACAAGGAAGAUUAGUAUAUCGAUACGGAGGAGAACCAGUUGGAGCAUUCCUGCAGCCACGAACACGGCCGUUAAUACCGAGCAUAGCUCACGCUCUGUUCAUGGAUGUGACUCACGAUAAUCCUAGUCCAGUAGAGAAACGAAGUAUUUUUGAUCUACUCCCGAGCGCAGCACUCGUAUCGAUGGCGUGCUGUGCUAGCGGUAGUAAUCGCGGAUACGACGAAUUAGUGCCUCAUCACAUACACGUGGUAGAUGAGAAAAGGCAGUACACUUCAUGGAUAGACAACGAUUUGACAAACAACGUUAAAUUUAUUAAUUCGAAAACUGGUAUAAUUGCAGCUAAAAAGGCAUUAAACGAUUUACAUUACAUGCUUGGUCAACAAAAAUUUCCACAAGUGUUUGUCGAUCAAAUGGAUACUGAUAUAGUGGCCGUAACAAGACACUCGCCGACUACUCACGAAAGUGUAGUCUUGGUUGCAUUCACAGCCUUUAAACACCCGGACUCUAGCGCUCAUGAUCUGAGAAAGCACGUAAGACCACUGAGAGUGGAGGGUAUAGUGGAAGAAAUUAUUUUAGAAGCGUCACUUUCGCACAUUGAUGCCAAAAAUGGUAAACCACUUUUCCUUUUGCCUGAAAAAUAUACAAUGGACGAAAAUAUCAUAAAUGGAUUGUCCGAAUAUUCAUUGAGCCUUAAACAGCACAUACAGUGUUGCGACUCCACGAUGAUCGAGAAGAUCGAUUCCGGCGAUCCUAAAAUCACGCAGCUUAAUUUUGUGAACUUCCAACCCGGUUCUGUUAUAGCUAUACGUGUGGCUCUUCACGCGAAUAUAGUACCUGCUUUAAUGAAACUCCAAAAUACUAUCUCGCAGAUUACUUCAAAUGAAAAAUCAGAAUUACAUAAUAUAAUUUCCGGCAUGGACUUCUCAGAUUUAAAUAAAACGUUAUAUAGAUGUGACCAAGAAGAACGAGAGGAAACUCAGAGCAAAUUUGGAGUGUAUAAUGUACCGGGAUAUGGUCCUCUUGUAUAUGCUGGAUUGCAAGGUAUUAUAUCUUUACUGGCUGAUAUUCGUCCAAAUAACGAUCUAGGACAUCCCCUGUGUGUCAAUCUUAGACAGGGUAACUGGUUAAUAGAUUACAUGUGGCAACGUUUAAAAGAGGAUGACGACACUAAACCUCUUGGAAUUUGGCUUGAACAAACGACAGAACCGUUCAAAGUAAUCCCGAGAUAUCUUGUGCCAAGUUACUUUGAUGUUAUAAUUGUGAACGUUUAUAGAAUUCUUUUAGAUCACUGCAACAAUUUAAUGUCAGACUUUGUUAAGAACGGAACUACAUUUGUUAAAUUACUGAGUUUGGUUUCGAUACAAAUGGGUGGUGUGGUAAGAUCAUCACAAUUGCCAAAUUUAUCGCCGGAUCUUAGUUCACCUAAGCCAAAAAUUAAAAUCCAUGACGGAGUAGCAGAGCAAACAUGUUUAACAUUAUCGGCAGGCUUACCGCAUUUUACAACGGGUUACACAAGAAAUUGGGGUAGAGAUACUUUCAUUGCUAUGAGAGGGCUAUUACUUUUGACUGACAGGCAUGUCGAAGCAAGAUUCAUAAUUCUUGGAUUUGCCGGUACUUUACGACACGGCCUGAUCCCCAAUCUGCUCGAUAAAGGAAAUAAUGCGAGAUACAAUUGUCGCGAUGCUUUAUGGUGGUGGCUCUAUACGAUAAAAUGUUACGCCGAGGAAGUGUCGAAUGGUUUGGAUAUUUUAUCCGAUAAAGUUUCAAGAUUGUUCCCGACUGAUGAUUCACCAGCUUUGGAGGCAGGAGAACAUGAUCAACCAUUAUAUGAAGUAAUUCAGGAAGCUCUCACAGUACAUUUUCAAGGUCUCUGCUUCAGAGAGAGAAACGCCGGGAAACAGAUCGAUGAGCACAUGACCGAUCGUGGAUUCAAUAAUCAGAUCGGUGUUCAUCCCGAAACAGGUUUUGUAUUUGGUGGCAACGAUGCUAAUUGCGGUACCUGGAUGGACAAGAUGGGAUCUUCUGAAAAAGCUGGUAAUAAAGGCAAACCAGCUACCCCCAGAGACGGUUCCGCUGUAGAGAUAGUUGGGCUGAGCAAAUGCAUUCUCAGUUUUUUGGCCGAAUUGUACAAACAGAAUCUUUUCCCGUACGGCAGUGUUCAACGUAAAAGUCGCGAUGGCCAAACAAUAACUUGGAGUUAUAAGCAAUGGGCCGACAGAAUUCAAACAAAUUUCGAAAAGUACUUUUACGUAAAUGAAAUUCCGUCACAGAGCGAGUCGAAACCCAAUUUAAUCCAUCGACGAGGUAUAUUCAAGGACAGUCACGGAGCAACGCAAGAAUGGGCGGAUUAUCAAUUGCGGCCUAACUUUCCCGUUGCGAUGGUCGUUGCUCCGGAACUGUUUAAUCCUCAUCAUGCCUGGACAGCACUGAAAAAAGCGGAAGAGAUAUUACUUGGCCCACUAGGAAUGAAGACGUUAGAUCCUGCGGAUUGGGCAUAUAAUGGAUAUUAUGACAAUUCCAAUGAUGGUACCGAUGCUAAAACAGCACAUGGAUGGAAUUAUCAUCAAGGACCUGAAUGGAUCUGGCCGAUAGGAUAUUUCCUACGAGCGCGUUUACACUUUGCGUCAUUAAUCGACGAUGAAAACGAAUUACACCAUAUGAUCGAAUCGACUGAAGCUAUUAUUUCUCGGCAUUUUAUCGAAGUGUCAACCAACCAUUGGAGAGGCCUUCCUGAGCUUACCAACAAGGAUGGAAGUUACUGCUCAGAUAGUUGUCGCACUCAAGCUUGGAGUGCUUCAGCUAUAUUAGAGGUACUCUACGAUUUACAAAAGAUCAAACAGGAAUUGGGAUCCGAGGGAAUGCGAUCCAAGAAUUGAUAUAACUUUGCGUGU